AUGUGCCAGCAGUAUCUUUGCAUCCAGUCUCCAGCCUGUGCCAGCAGUACCUGUGUAUCCAGUCUACAGCCUGUGCCAGCAGAACCAAUGUAUCCAGUCCUCCAGCAGGUGGCAACCCUAGCAGUACCUGUGUAUCCAGUCUCUAACAUGUGCCAGCAGUACCUGUGCAUCCAGUCUCCAGACCAUGCCAGAAUCUCCAGCAAGUGCCAGCAGUUCCUGUGUAUCCAGUCUCGAGCAUGUGCCAGCAGUACCUGUGUAUCCAGUCUCCAGCAUGUGCCAGCGGUACCUGUGUAUCCAGUCUCUAGCAUGUGCCAGCAUGUGUAUCCAGUCUACAACCUGUGCCAGCAGUACCUGUGUAUCCAGUCUUCAGCAAGUGCCAGCAGUACCUGUGUAUCCAGUCUCCAGCCUGUGCAAGCGGUACUGGUGUAUCCAGUCUCCAGCAUGUGCCAGCAGUACUUAUGUAUCCAGUCUCCAGCAUGUGCCAGUAGUACUUGUGUAUCCAGACUCCACCGUGUGUCAGCAGUACCUGUUACCAACCCCCAACCUGUGCAAGCAAUAGCUGUGUAUUCAGUCUCCAGUCUGUGCAAGCCGUAUCUGUGUAUCCAGUCUCCAGCAUGUGCAAGUAGUACCUGUGUAUCCAGUCUCCUGUCUGUGCAAGUUGUACCUUUGUAUCCAGUCUCCAGCAUGUGUAAGCAGUACCUGUGUAUCCAGUCUCCAGACCAUGCCAGAAGUACCUGUGUAUCCAGUCUCCUGCCUGUGCCAGUUGUACCUGUGUAUCCAGUCUCCUGCCUGUACCAGUUGUACCUGUGUAUCCAGUCUCCAGACCAUGCCAGAAGUACCUGUGUAUCCAGUCUCCAGACCAUGCCAGCAGUACCUAUGUAUCCAGUCUCCAGCCUGUGCCAGCAUUACCUGUGUAUCCAGUCCCCAGCAUGUGCCAGCAGUUCUUGUGUAUCCAGUCUCCAGCAUGUGCCAGCAGUACGUGUGUAUCAAGUAUCAAGCAUGUGCCAGCAGUACCUGUGUAUCCAGUCUCCAGCCUUUGCCAGCAGUAUUUGUGUAUCCAGUCUACAGCAAGUGCCAGCAGUUCCUGGGUAUCCAGUCUCCAGCAUGUGCCAGCAGUACCUGUGUGUGCCUCUCCGGGAGCGAUCUGCAGAGAACUCGGAGGAGAAUACAAAGGAGAAUUCUCCUAGCACUUGCUAA